AUGUCUUCCAAGAAUCUCCAGAAGGCCCUUGAAGAGCGCAUUGCACGUGCCGCGUCACGUGGCUUUACCCAGGAGUAUCAGAAUGAGCGCGAACAAGAGGAAAAUAUUACAUGCUACCGAGAGCUGGCGCCAGCUACGCUCAGAAAAUAUGAGGAUGCAGCACUUAAUUGGGCUUUAUGGAGACUUUCUCGCAACGAAGCGACAAAUGCCAACUUCUCCAAAGAUGAACCUGACCCAACCCCGAACCUCCUGAAACUCUUUGUAGAGGACUAUAUCGCGACAAGGAGAAAGCUCCCCUGCGAGAAGUCUGCAUGUCUUAAUUUCAUUAAUUUUACUUCAAGAUGGGAGCGAGAAACCUCUCGGUCUCUCCCCGAUACAGUCAAGCAAGAUGUUCUCAACUAUAUCCGGACCACUUCGACACCUAAAUACGGGCUAUCAACGAAACCUCGGGAACGUUUUAUGGUCACGGCCAAGGACAUAGAGUACCUUCUUCGGCGCCUUUUUGGCGACGAUUGCCAUGAUUAUAUACAUGAAAGAGCGCGAGUCCAGACUGGGAGUGCUCUCUCACUAUUUGCUGGCUCGGGUGCUCGGGCAGGUGCUGUAGUCGAAUCCAGUGCUUAUCGUGACUCCAACGAAUGUCUAUACUACAGGCACCUUUCAUUUCAUCUCAAAUGGAGCCGUGAAGUGGGUGCUUUAAAGCGUUGGGUGACAAUUGACCCUGAAUUUCUGAAAGGUUGGCGGUACCGUGAUGAUGCAACCCUGCCCAAAAAUUGGUUUCGGGAACAUCCAGUUCUUGGGAUGAACUUCGUAUUUUGGGUUAUUGUGCAUGGCAUUGCUGAUGGUGCUUUCAAAGGCCUCAGUACUGUAGCGGACGUCCUUGCCGAGAGACCCCCGAAAGGGAGAGAAUCAUGGACGCUUCAAUGGAAUGAGAACGCAAAAGACCUCGCUUUUUUUAGGAUGGUCACUCCUGUAGGCCCUAAGUCUAAUAGGAUAUUCAAAGGGCUUUUCCUCGCGAUAUGUCUCUAUUUUAAGAUUCCUGGUCUAUAG